AGAUGUUAAGGUUAACCGUCCUCCUGUUGUUGUUUGUUUUCGUGUCUUGUCAAAAGUACCCAGGAUACGGAAAAGCACGUGGAAAAUCACGCGGUUCUCCAGCACUGGAUUUACUGACUGGAGGGGUGAGUGAAUUUAUCGUGGGCGGCAGGGCGUACGGAACUGAUCUGCCACCACUACUGACCGGAGAAGCCAGCUUUGAAGAAAGUCGCUUUGGAAGAUCAGGCGAUUUUGAGGGGAAGUUUGAGAGAGGCAAUUCCUUUAAUGCUGAACAAGGCAGAGGAAUAUCCUUUAGGUCAACACACAGACCUGAAAUUUAUACAGGUACUACGAUUAAAAAUGCCUACCGUAGAACAACUAACUUAAAGAACAUUCCAUGGGCACCCCGACCAAUUCCCUCAGAACCAUUCAGCCCCUCAUUUUCAAACGGUAAUUUCCGCUCAGUCGGAGAUGGGAAAUGGAACACAUUAAAUAUAGGCGAACAACCAAAAUUUCCUUAUACAUCUAGUUCUUUUAUCCCAAGACGCUUUUCAAACGAAGGCACUGAUUUCUCUGGAAUUGAAUAUCCCGAAAUUAGAGAUGAUCAAGAUUUCAAGAUACGAAGGAGAAACUCCCAAAUCAGAGGUUUUGGUUCAGACAUUUUCAGUAAAGGAAUAAAACAAUUUCCUGAAUUUCCAUCUCAGGGAAACUCCUUUGAAAUAAAGUAUGCAGCAGACGACAAUCAAGCUAAAUUUGGCCCACGUCAGAUAUUUGGAAGAAAUGCAAACCUACCAACACCAGUGAAUGGAAUUUUUGAUAACUUUGGCAUCCGUCAAAGUGAAAUUAUACAUGGUGAUGAUUUAGUUAGUUUUGGACGAACCCGUGGAACAAAUAUCCCAGUUGGGAUGGACCGGUCUUUUCAAAGCAUUAGAAAAAUCCCCAGAGCGUACCAGUCAGCCGGUUCGUCUUUCUCGCAGUUUGGAACCACAGGAGUAAAUGAUAUACAACCGGAGUUACCAAGAUACGGUUUUGGAGGCACUCCAUUUGAACAAAGUGAAUCAUCAGGAUUACCAAUAGUUGGAAGAGUGCCUAUCGCUAAGAAAUAUUAAGCUUUAUAGGUCACAGUAAAAUUCCUUGAAUUUUCAACAGAUGGCAUUCCAGUGGGCAAGUGAUUUUGAAUAAAUGAGCUG